AAAUGUCUUGAGAUGGCAUAGAUACUAGGGCUUCGGUUAAUUGCAACCUGAAGUUUGUUGCUUAUAUGUAAAAGCAAUUCAAUAUUUUUGUCGUAUUCAAAUAAUUUAAUAUUACUUUUGAGCAAUAGAAAAUCAAACAAACUCGGUCUAAGCCCAGUGAACGUUGAUUAUAAUCUAAAGGUAUACCUUUUGGGAUUCGCUUACUUCUAAAACCAAGCCAGAUAAUUUAAAUAUUAGCCAGAACUGCUAAAAGCGGAUGAUAUUUUGAUCGUUAUCCGAAGGUUUAUACUCAUUUUUGUGCAUUGGACACUCAUUUUGAAUCGAUUUAUUUUGUGAUGGGACUAUAACUUCUGGACGACCUUUCAGCAAUCACUGAGUAACUUUGAGCAUAUUGAUCUACUUACUGUGGUUGUAAUAGGGUUACACUCUAGAGCUAAGGUUUUUUUCGAACUGACUUAAUACCACAAUACCAUAAUGGUGUUUGGCUAUAUCGACUAAUGAAUUUCGCACCAAAAUCCAAGCCUAGCCAUUUUAGAUAUUGUUAAUUCGUUUAAAAACUCUAGUAUCGCUAUCUUUUGUUCUGGUAAGCAACUACUUGGGCUCGAAGUACGAUUGUGAGAGUCAAACUGUGCUCAGUUCGAUCAUGAUAUUUAAGUUGUUGUAGUGUCAUGCCAAGUUAUCACUUUAAAGCACAAGAGAGAACGUUAUUGACAAUCAUUGUCUGACUGUUGUAUUUAUAUAACUUUCUAACUAAGUAUAGAACUGUAGUAAUAAGUCAAUACAAUAACACUGAGAAAUCCUCUGAUUAGUUUGUUUCGUUCAUUGUAAAUUUAUACACUUGGUUAUAAAUAUCAAUGUCUUUGUGCCUUCUUGUUAGUUUCAUCUUUUCUGACAAUUUAUCAAACAAUACAUUCGGCACUUAAGCAGUGUUGCUUGUCAUUGUUAAUAAUAUCUGAUAGACUAAGGAUAUUUGGAAUUAGUAUGACUAGCUUGAUGCACGUAUAAUGAAAGCCAGAGCGGCUUAUGCCAAUCUGGACCAUCUUUGGCGCCUUCGUGAUGUUAGUCUGGCUGUAAAAAGUCGGAUCUACAACGCGUCGGUGAGAGCAGUUUUGCUCUAUGCUUGUGAAACCUGGCCUCUCCGAGUUGAGGAUGUUAGAUGUCUCUCUGUGUUCGAUCAUCAUUGUCUCCGAAGGACUGCUGACAUACAGUUGCAACACCAUGUUAGUAAUGCAGAGGUUCGGCAUCGUGUGUUCGGGCGCAGAGAUGAUAAUUCAAUUGGUGUCACCAUCUUGAAACACCGACUUCGGUGGCUUGAGCAUGUUUUACGAAUCUCGUCCCAGAGACUUCCACUUCGUGCAUUAUUUGCCGACUCUGGGACUGGUUGGAGAAAGCGGAGAGGAGGUCAGUGUAUGAUAUGGUGUCGUGGCAUGAAAGAAAGCUGCAAAGGGCUAGCUUCUGUUGGUCCUUCACAACUCCCUAGCUGGUGUCCGAGAGAUGGUGCAACACAGUGGCUAGAGACGUUAUCAGAUAUGGCUCAGAAUAGAAGCCAGUGGCGAUCCUGCUGCAACCUUCUUUUACUUUCUACAUAAAGUGUAGUUCUAACUUUCUUAACUGAGAGAGCUCUUCUGGUUGUACACUUCAGUCCGCCUUAUCUUUUCAUCCCUUCUCCUCCUACUUUCAUUAUUUUGUGUGGCGCAUAUGUAUCUGGUGCCCUUUUGUACCAAUAUGUGUGUGUUUUAAAUAAAAUAAAAUAAAAAAUAAGAUCUCCACAACAAACGUAAAUUAAAUAAAUGUUAGUACAGAUACACAAAUUUUCAUCUAAGGACACACUUUCAAGCGACACAAAAUUGAAAAUCAACAAGUACGAACACAAUCUGUCAACAAUAAGUCAUCAUUCUACCUUACAAUUGGCCUUUACUAUCAUUUGUGGAAAAACUCAAGAUUUCUGGAACUGCUCUGGGAAUCACUGACCAGUUGUGUUCCAUAGGAUAAGCUAUUUUCCUUAUCCAAUGCUUUUGAUGCGUUCCUAGUCUUUCAGAAAAUAGAUCUUAACUAUUUAGAACCGGUACAAUCGAACAUGGGCGAGACUAUAAUUUAUGGACGAACCAAUCAGGCAUAAGGUAAAAUAUCCCAAAAUAAACUCAUCCAUUUGGAUAAAUAGAGUUUUGGCAUUGUAGCUGAUGUCAGUUCAUGAUGAAAACCCCAAAUGUAAUUCCUAACCUUAACCAUGAACUGUAAAUCACAAUUCGAAGUCCUCACACAGGUUUAUAACACUCAUUUCGUUCUAGUUAUUUUGUGAACACUCUCAAGGUCAUUCUAGCGUCUCUCAAAGGUCGUCCAUAAACUAUAGUCUCACCUGAACAUGUUCCAAAGUCUGUGCAUCUAAGACGUUUCUUAACCAUUCUUGUUAUUCAUAGUGGGCAUUUUUUGGUUCACUUUGGCCUGCCAAUAGUAUCAAAGAUGAGUGUCACGGGACCAAAUCUACCGCUAGACUGAAGUCAUGAUUUUGGUUAAAGAGCUAGUACCAUCCGGCCAUUCCUUUGAUAUGGUACACUCUUUCAUGGCUGACGUUUUCUCGCUACACAUUUCGGCUAAGCUGGACAUGACCAUAGACUUUAUCACAGGCUCUUGAUAUGAAUGGCAAACUACACGAUCGCUUUUGACAAAUUUGUGAUAGACCUGGAGAUAUUAUAGUAACCAGAUUGCCUAUGUUGAAAUUCUUCGCUUACAAUUAUUAUUUAUUUGAACACAAACAUUGGUGUAAGGAAACACCACAUACAUAUGCACCACACAAUAACAGUAAGGCCAGUAGUAGUUAUCAUUGAUUUGUGUGGGUACUGUGAUACUGUGUGGGUGCUCAAACAAGGGCAGGUGGUUUUCUUAGGGGGCAACGUCACGAAAUGCAGCUUCAUGGUUGCCGAUGACCAACAAUUGGUUCAUAUACCAUUUAUUCCCUCUGGAUCCUAGAACCCAUAUGGAAUCAGGGUUUUCCAACUCAACUAGAUGGAUCCUCCAUAUUCAGUAACCCGGGUAAAUCGCCGGACAUUUACUUUUUGUCCUGUUAAUUUAGUAAACAAUACCGUUCAUCACGAGAAGGCAGUGAGUAGAACUUCCGUGAGGGUAGCUGUAUACGCGUGGCCAUGUGAGACCAUUUGAAGAGGGACAGUGGACUCUCCCCAUCCUCGACUGUACCAGGGCGUUUAGGAGCAAUGAUCAUUGAGUAUCUGAGAGGCAAGUGUAAGCUUUAUUAUAAGAGAAUUUUAAUGCAUCUUGAAUAAUAAAUUCAAAUCCAUAUGACAUUUUUUCUCAAAAUAUUCUCAUUCGUCCUCAUAAUUUGUCUUAUAAGUAAAAUUUUCACAAAUGCACACAUAUGCCCUAGAAUUUGUGCAUUUUUUGGAGCAGCAUCUCUGAACCAAGUCGUUCUCAUCUUUCUGAUGUUGGUCACUAAGACUAACAUUGGUAACCAUUUUCUUUAUUUAGGGAAGAGAUGUGCCAGUGGUUAAUGAGUUUAUAUUUUUAAACAUUGAAUUAUUGAAGCUUACGCAAAAUAUUUCCAUUUUGGCAAGUGGUUAUUAUCGUGUGGCUUCACACAGGCGUGGCUCGUCUGGUUGUUUGAUAUGCCUACUGAUUCUCUAUCAGAAUUCAAAAUCUCGGCCCAUAGCUGUCUUUUUUGGUUUUUGAAAUCAGUUGACUUCGUGUAUGUAUCGCUUAAAUACAAUAGGUCAUUGUGCAUAAAUUUAUCAAUCAAUCCCCUGAACCUUAUUCAAAUCUUUUAUUAACUUUUUUUAAAUAGAAAUUCCGCCCGACGAAAUAUGACUCAGUCAUCAUACUUAAUGGCCUUUAUUCGGAGUCUCAUGGAAAAUAGCUCCAUGGACAUCCGAGAAAAGAAAAGACGUCAACUUGAAAAAGAUUUCACAGAAACAGGAGCUGUGCUUAACAUAUGUCUCACUGAAAAGUUUGGUGAUGUGAAUAAGAUUUUGAACACUUAUGGAAUUGUUUCACAGCGUGUUAGGGAUAACAAGACCUCUGUCGCUAAAAUACAAAGGGAUCUUAUCGAGUGUAAAAGUUUGCUAUAUUGUAACAGGGAAGAACUAAGGAGACUGUGGCUGGAACUGGUGGAGCAGAGAAGAUGCUUAGAGUUGGUGGAUCAGUUAGAUCGUCUUCGUUCUACCCCGGAUGCAUUGGGGUAUUUAGUGACCGCUCGUGCGUGGUCUGAAGCUACUUCCCUAAUGAUCAACUCAAACUAUAUGCUUGAGUCGGAAAUUGCCUCAAUACCCGCAGUUCAAACACUGAAAACUGACCUGGCACAUAAAAACAAGUUUCUUAUUGAUGAACUAAGAAAAGAACUGAACCGUUUGCUCUAUGAUAAACCGUUUAUUUUGGCUUUGGAUAUGCAUCUUAGAAAUUCUUCACGGGAUAAAUCAGUUCGCUCUCAUUCUGAUUUACAAAAUGUCAACUCAUUGAAUAAAGCGGCUGUUACACAUUUUGUUAGUUUACCGUUAUCUGAUUGGUAUAAUGCAUCAGUCAGUGAACCAGUAGUUGAUGUGAAUCUAUAUAAAGAACCUAGAACAGUAGCUACGGUGAUUGCACGAUCUACAGUAACAGCUUCACAUCAUGAAGAUGACACGGUUGAUCCGCAACAACAUCAGCAACAUAAUGGUGCAUUAUCUCAUUCUGAUUGGAUACGUGAAAUUGUAGCUGUAACACAUUGUCUUAUGCGUUUGCAAAAAUUACCACAGUAUCUAGGUGAUUGGCGUCCUCAAUCGUAUAUUUCACAAAUAGCUGGAACUGGUCAUGUGUUUACAGCACCACUGAUUCUAGGACAAGGUUUAAUUGGUGAAAUUCAUCGUUCAAUUGUUUUGAAAUUAAGUAAAACAAUUGAAAACAGAGCAAUUGCUCAAAAUGAUACUGUUCCAUUGUCAGAAAUUAAUUCACCUAGAUAUUUGAUCAAAUUGUUGGAAUUAGUAUUUGAUGCUUUAUUUAUGCAAGCUAGAGCAUGUCUUCUUGUUUUACGUACUUUAAAUGGAGCUAAACAGAAACAUAUCAGGUUUUCAACAGAAUUACAAGGUUUGACUACUCAAUAUAUCUGGUCUUGUGUACAAUAUGAAGUUUAUUGUAUUUUAUUAACACAUUUAAAUAAUAUUUCACCAAGUGAAUUAAAUGAAUUAUCUCUUUCAUCAAAUAAAAAUGGUUUACUUAAAUUACAAGCACGAACUAUUAGAGAUACUACUAUUAGUGGAGGGGAUAUUACACCAGGAGGUGAUAAUGCUAGUGCUUCAUUAAAUCUAACAAAAGUGGAUUUAAAUACAUUAAUGGGUCGUAAAAGAAUUGGAGCAUUUAAUUUUGCAUCAAUAACUACAAGUUCAAACAAUAGUAAUAGUACCACUGCUUCUUCUACUUCUACUACUACAACUACUACUACCAAUACUAUUAAUGCUAAUUCUACCAUUAGUACUCCUGGAAAUACUACUAAUACACGAGAUUCUCAUUCUGUUAUUAGCACAAUCUCAGGAAAUGUUUCGUCAAAUCACAUUGGUAAUAUUGGAAGUGGAAACUUCACUAAUACAACCGCUGUUACUAAUCAAGGUCAAAGUAAUGUGCCAUUAUUUAGCUUUUCUAAUUCAUCACAUUAUCUUGGAAUAUCUUCAUAUUUAUCAGAAAGUCGUGCAAUGUCAGGUUUACCAGGUGUUGAGACUCAGUCUGGACAAAAUCUCACAGAGAAAUCAGCUCCGAUUUACCCAUUAGCUUGUCGACCAUCUGGUGAUAAUAUACUAAGUGUAUAUAAAAUGGUUAUGGAAUUCAUUGAAGCUGUUGAAUGGGAAAUGAUCAAAUAUACUGAAUGUUCUGAUCUACAUUCUGUAUCCUCUACUCAUUCUAAUACAGACCAUGAUUAUCGUCAACAAUGUCAAUUACGUACACUACUCAAAAGUUUCAUUGAAAAUAUUUAUCUUCCUGGAAAACUUUCUUCUCUACGUAAUAAACUUCAGAAAUCAAUCAAUUCGCCGGACGUUUUAACAUCUGUUGUAUCUCAACAAACUGAACGUGAACUGAAUCUCAACAGACCAGUUCUUUUAAUUGUUUACGUCGUGGACCAGUGUUUAAAUGAAGUAAGAAAGAUGUGUACCGCUUUACCAGAGUUUGCAAGUGGUUGUUUGCACAUUGGUCUCACAAUUUUGGAAGAUUUUACCACUGCUAUAUGGAGGCUUUAUAAAAAUAUUGGUGAACUUGAAACAGGUCUUGCUUUGCCAAGUUCUGAAUGGUCAAAAGAUGAUGAUGUUAGUCGAUUCUGGAAAAAAUUCCCAUCAUGGCAACGUAUGGCUACACAUGAAGCACGUUUAUUAGCUAAUAACACAAUAAUGGAGAAAUCAUUAGCUAAGAAAAAAACCCACGAGACAACUUAUAAUCAUGAUGAUAAACCAAUGAAUGCCAAUUCAUUUGAUAAUAUACAAAUAAAACGAUUGGAAGAAAAAGAAAAUAAUGACAAAUUAAAUUCUAGGGAUAAAAUAAAUGAAAGUGAUACAAUUAUUAAACCAGUUUGCGCAAUUGCAUUAGGCUUAUAUAAUAGUGAUACAAUCGGUUGUAAUAAUAUUAAUAUACCAAGUAUAAUACCAUUUACUAAUGGAUUAAAUAAUACUUCGGAUAAUAUAGAUGAUGCAGAAAGAGGUUUAGAAUAUAUGCGUUUACAUGGAAUAAUUCAUGAACGUGAAGCGACAAGAUUAGCUGUUGCUGAAACUGACCAAUUAAUUCAUAUGAUAAGACAUGAACUACCUGAAUGUGAGAAAAAAUCUGAUCAAAUUUUACCUACCUUACGAAAUAUUCAAUUAAUUAAAGCAUUGGGUCGGUUAACUGAAUCAUUAUGCUGGCUCUGUUAUCGUGUACUGAAUCUAGACACAUGGACUCAAGGUUCAAAAAAAUAUCAAAUAAAAUCUUCUACUGUAUCUAUUAGUGCUAACAGAAGUGAAUCCGUAGUUGGUGGAAUACGUACACCUUCUGAUUAUUAUUAUAAUUCUUUUGUUUCUUAUGCAAAAGAAUUAAAUCGUUUCUCAGAAGCAUGUUUAUUAAUGACUUAUUUAGAAGUAAGAAUACAGGCGUAUAACUAUUUUGGUACAUUACCUGAUGGUGUUACAUAUUGGUGUCCAUUAGAUGAUGUUGAUGUUGAUAAAUAUGUGACAGAUUUUCUUGGAUAUAUUGAACAAGUUAAAGAUUUGUCCAUACAUACAUUUAGUCGGCAUAAAUUUCGAUUUAUUUUCGAUGGCCUUGGUGAUUUCAUUUCACAAUUAUUAUUACGUUUAAUUCCACAAAUUGAAAGAAUGAAUUCAAAUGGUAAUAAGAAAAUGUGUCGAAAUGUUUAUCGACUACAACAAGCAUUGGCAACUUUAACUGAAACACAUGAGUCUGAUUUAAUUCGUGUAAAACAAUUAUAUGAAUUGUUCUUUUUAACACCUGAAGCGGUUGUGAAUCGUUUAAUGGAACAUGGUAUUGCAUUCGAUCAUGCAGUUUAUGCUAAUCUCUUUCAUUUAUAUCAACGUAGUCAUUCAACAUAUGCAUAUUCGAAAAUACAAAGUUGUAUCUCUAGACUGGCUACUGUUACACAUAGUGGACAACUUUAAAAAGAAAACGCACAUAAAUCCUAUCUCAUAUUGAAUGCCAGAUCGGUUGAAUUUAUCCUCUUGUUGACUGUUUACAAACAAUAAUCUAAUUUGCGUUUUUUUAUAUGACCAAUUAACUUUUAUUUUUCUUAUGAAAUAAUCAUAUUUUAAUUUUCUUUAGUGGUUCUUGUUAUAUUAUCAGAUAUUUAAAAGUGCACAAUGUUUAUCUAGGGAAAGUUUCCAGAAAUGGUGAUAGACAUUUUGGUGUAUAAUUAUUUGCAUAGUUGAAAUCAUUGGUCAAUUGAAGCUAGACCACUAU